UUGGAGGAAUGGAGGGCCUCGUCAAGCAGCUGCUGAGACCUCAGGACGACGACGGGGGAUCGACACAAGCGGCUGCAUACGCGUUGGGCAACCUCGCGGCCUCGUACCGUGAGAAUCAGGACAAGAUCUCGGCAUGUGGGGGGGUGGAGGCUCUGACGAACCUCGUGGACCCGAAGCUGCCGCUGGCGGUGCAGCAGGCAGCGUGUCUGUCUCUGUGUAGCGUGUUGGCGGACAACCCAGCCAACAUCAAGAGGUUGUUGAGGUACAAGGGGAAGGAGGACGAGGAGGACGAGCUUGUACGACGAUGCGGAGGCAUCGGGAAGCUUCUGGUUUUGAUCAGGGACAUCAAGCCGAACGCAGCGAAGAUCCAAGCAGGAGAAGAAGACCUCUGGGAGGAGAUCGCGUUCACAUACGAGGCCGCCAUUCAAGCUGUUUCUGCUUCUGCUUUCAUCAACCCUGGAGGGUUGUUCUCCAUCGGAAGAUCAACAGUGAGACAGGUGGCCAUCGCCAUGGGCAGAGCUGGUCUCAGGAUAAUCGAAGAUGUAUGUGACCUGCCGGUCAACCCGAAGAAAGGGGGGAAGAGAGCAACACAGGAGACGAUUCGUUGUGCAAGGUUGUGCCAUGAAGCAUUAUCGUAUGCGUUUGAAAACUGAUCAGUUGACACAUUUAAAUGUUACAAUUAGAGGUGAUUGAGAUUAAAGGUUUUUGACG